CCCGCCGCGCGCGGUGGUGCGGCCCGGAAGUGCGGGCGGCGACUGCGGCUGCGCGGCCCGGGCGGGGCGGACGCCGCGGCGGCCACUUCCGUACUUCCGCUUCCCGGCCCAGCCAGCGCCGCGAUGACUGCCACUCUCCGCCCCUACCUGAGUGCCGUGCGGGCCACCCUGCAGGCCGCCCUCUGCCUGGAGAACUUCUCCUCCCAGGUCGUGGAGCGACACAACAAGCCGGAGGUGGAAGUCAGGAGUAGCAAAGAGCUGCUGCUGCAGCCCGUGACCAUCAGCAGGAACGAGAAGGAGAAGGUGCUCAUCGAGGGCUCCAUCAACUCCGUCCGCGUCAGCAUCGCCGUGAAGCAGGCUGACGAGAUUGAGAAGAUUCUGUGCCACAAGUUCAUGCGCUUCAUGAUGAUGCGGGCGGAGAACUUCUUCAUCCUUCGGCGGAAACCAGUGGAGGGCUACGACAUCAGCUUCCUCAUCACCAACUUCCACACGGAGCAGAUGUACAAGCACAAGCUGGUGGACUUCGUGAUCCACUUCAUGGAGGAGAUCGACAAGGAGAUCAGCGAGAUGAAGCUGUCGGUGAACGCGCGCGCGCGCAUCGUGGCCGAGGAGUUCCUCAAGAACUUCUAACCUUCCGGCUGUGCGUCUCGUGGCCUCCCCCUCGGGCCCCCCGUGUCUGCGAAACGUGCUGCAGCCCUCCCCGACGGCGGCGCCCGGGAACCGCGGGCCUGUCCAGCUGCUUCUCGCGCUCAGGCCCCCGGGCCAGGACCAAGUUUCUGCCGUCCGGAAACCCAGACUGCUUCCGGAGCCUGGCGCCUGCCUGUCUGUGUUCUUACACCACCCCUGUGGCUGUGACUGGUCCCAGUGAGUGUCCUUUGGGGUCGCUGUGGGCCUGGGCGGGCCUGGAGCCAGCAGGCGACUUCUGUUCCCCGCCACCCUGCAGGCGCAGGCUCCGAGUCCCCCCCCCAGGCCUCUCUAGGGCCCCCCCAGCGCUGGCCACUCUCCCCUGGCUCCCCGAGCUCCGCCGGGAGAAAGGUGGCCGCCUGGCACGGAUGGAGGACACGGGCUGACCAGGUGGCCACCCGCCACGCCCCAGUCGGGGCCCAAGCUCGGCCGUGGCGCCUUCGAGGGCCCCGUGCUGAGCCCAGUCAGCACAGCCCGCGCCAGAGGGCCCUGGAGGGGCCCGGCCGGGACCGCCCUCCGCCUGCUCUGGCCGCCGCCCCCACGCUCGCUGUCUUUCUCAUCCUGGUGGACCUACCCUUGAUUAAAGUUUCUUCUUGCCCCCUCGGGGCUGCAUGA